AAAUAUUUCAUAUUCAGUUAUUAUAAUGACCUGGACUUUUAUACUAAGUGACAAUAUAUAGCGUUUAUUUCGAGGGCAACAUCGAAGAUUUAACAUCCAAACUAUAAUCGUGGUCUUCUCUUGAUUCAAGCAAUACAGGAAAAAGCAUUAGUUGUUUACCAAUUUGCUGCUGUUAAAUAAAGAAAUACAAGGACAAAUGGAAUCUACUGUAACUGGACGAAGGCGGACUGCCACAAGGCAUUCUGCUGAAGAUCAAGCUCUUGACCAAAUAGCUAAAGAGCUUAUCAUAAAGAUAAGAUAGGAAUGUCAGGAAAACAGGUAACUUUGUCUACGGAGUAAGGCUAAAAGAUGGAUUUUCCGUACAUACUUUCAGGCAGAAGCUCGACUAGCUGCAAGGAGACAAGCAAGAGCUGAAGCUAGAGAAAUUCGAAUGCGUGAAUUGGAAAGACAACAGAAAGAAGCAGAAGAAAAUGCUGAUAGAGUUUAUGACAUGUGUUCAGAUCCUAAUAGAGCCAUGAGAGUAACUCCAGAUCCUGUAAGGACAUCACGCUUGCUGACUAAUUCUAAUAAUUUUCAAUCCAGCUGUAAAUCAUCAGAAGAUUCAUUAGAAGAUGUAGGACUUGGUAGAGAUCUUAGGUUAGAGCUGAAGGAAUUUGAAGAGAAAUUCAGAAAAGCAAUGAUAGCUAAUGCCCAAUUAGACAAUGAAAAAUCUUCUUUUGCCUAUCAAGUUGAUAUAUUAAAAGAUAAAUUGGAAGAAUUAGAAGAAAUGGCAGCUCAGUUACGUAGAGAACUACGAGAGAAGAAUCGAGACGCUGAACAGUUAAAACGACUUGGUCAAAGAUUAAAAGAUGAUUUAGAUUUAUGCAGAACACAAUUGUUAGAAAGGGAUACACUAAUUCAGGAAAAUGGACUAGUGAUAGUUGAAGAUGAAGGAACUGAUGAAGAAAAUGACGUUGAAAGUGGACCCUGCCAUAGAAGAAGAGUAUUAGUUAGUAAAGAGUCUGCAGAUUUAUUGCAGAAUGCUGGAAAAGGAUCUUUGGACGUUCGACUGAGAAAGUUCGCUUCGGAGAAAAAAGAAUUAGAAGAUCAAAUACGACAUUUAAGAUUGGAAUUAGAAGAAACCAAGAAUCGCAUAAGAUCUGAGAGAUCCCCGGGUGCAGUAUUAGGUGGCUUAACGGAUUCUGAAGAUAUUCAACGAGAAGCUAAUAAGCUUUUAGCCGACUACAAAUUCAAGCUGCAAAAAGCGGAACAAGACAUGUCUACGUUACAAGCGACGGUAGCUAGAUUAGAAAGUCAAGUAAUACGCUAUAAGUCUGCAGCAGAAGCAUCUGAGAAAGCGGAAGAUGAACUCAAAGUUGAAAAGAGAAAAUUGCAAAGAGAAGUUAGAGAGUCUCAAGGACGCGUUGAAGAACUCGAAACAGCGAACUCGCAUUUACAAAGGCGAUUAGAUAAACUUAAAAAUGCUAAAUCUGCUCUUUUUAAAGAUCUUUGAUGAAAUUAUUUUUUUUUUUUGGGCCUGUCGAAUUUACCCGGUCUUUUCUCUUUUAUGCUAUCUAUAGACAAAAAGCAUUUAUUUAAUAAUUUUUAAAUAAUAAUAUUGCAAAAUAUAUCAAAGUUAUUUGGCAAUUUGGUAAUAACAUUUAACAGAGAGUAUGUGUACUGUUAUCAGAUCUUUUAUAAUUUAAAGAGCUUUUAUCAUUUAGAGAAUGACGCGUAUCAAAAUAUUUAUACUAAUGAAUUUGUACGAAAAGUCAUUCUUUGUUUUUAUCUGGUCUUUUGGUAAUAAGCAGUUUAAUGGCAAUUUAACAACGAGAAAAUGCUUGUUUAGUAAUAAUAUUUCAGGCAUUUGUAAUACUUUAUUAAUUUAUAAAUAGUUGUUUAAAGACAAUUUGUGCAUGUACAUAACAUUGUUAUGUUAUAAUAGCCUAUUGGUUUUUACAUAGUUCUCUCUAUACAUUGAUAUCAAUAUUAAAAACGAAUUGUGUGUUACAUUUUGACUAAUUAAAUUAUGUCAAUGUGUAACAUUAUAAAUAUAUAUAUGAAACAAUAGUUUAUAUAAAUUUAUAUAAAUUAUAUAAAUUUAUAUAAUUAUAUAAACAAAAAUUUAUAUAAAUUUUUAAUUAAUAUUACAAUUUUUGAAGCUUCAUGCUCACAAUCAAAAUGCAUACAAAUUUAAUAUUUUGUAGUUUGAAAUAAACAGGGAGAAAGAGAGAGAAAAUAUUAUGAUUUUUGCAAUUAUAUAAAGAAGUUAACAUAUUUUAAUAAUUUAUAUACUUGGUAUAAUACGUAUACUUAAAUUCUUAAAUUUUAAAGUAUUCUUCUAGUGUAAAAUGGAAGUGAUCAAUUACGAAUGUAUUUAAAGAGUUUGAACAUUUGAAAUUAUGAGUUAUGUAAUUAGUUUUCAAUUUUUAUUCCUUUGAUCCUUUAUUUAGUUUUUUUUCAAACGCAUUUUAUUAUUAAAAACUAUCGUGACAUACAAGAUAGAUCAUAAAUGGCAAAAACCACACCAGACUGAUCUUUAGUAAACCAUAAAAUAAUAUGCUUGAAAGAGAUACAUAAGUAUAGAUAUAUCCUUAUUGUGCAGAAUAGUAGUAACAAAUGAAAAGAUAUAAAUGAUUGUAUACUGUGUUGAAAAAAAAAAAAAAAAAACAUAUCCUUGAAUAUGUUGGUAGUGAAAGUAUAUUUAUGAUCGUGUUGCAUUUAUAAUUCGUAUCAAAAUGAUUUCUGAAACAUUGCGACUGAUAUGUGUUUUUCAUCCAACGGUUUGAUACGAACUUACAAAAAUUAGGUGUACAAUAGUGUGGUCUUUGUACAUUUAGAAUAAAUUCAAAUAUAUUGUUAUAAAUGUA